UCCCACAUGAAUCCGUGUAGGAAAGCGGCAGAAAAGACUCUGCUCUUUUGCCCCGCCCGUUCGAGCGCUGGUUGGUUUAGCGCACCGGCGGCGGCUCUCCUGGUUGGUGGGAGAAAUCUGCCUGUCACGGCCGUCUCCAUAGGCAGGGGGAGAGUGAGAGGUGCUCAUGUAAAUGCAGCUGAGACUUCAAUGCACUUACUGGCCCACAUUCGACCAUCAAGACUUCACACGCAACUUUUUACAAAGUCUCUUGAAGCAUCCUCUUCUGCCACAUUUUCUUCAUUUGGUGCUAGCAAAAGAUCAGGCCCAAUGCUAAACAGAAAACUGGGCUGCCAAGGAUUUGGGGCGUCUGUGGCAGCAAUGACAUCCUUCCCUCCACAGAGAUACCACUACUUUCUUGUGUUGGACUUCGAAGCAACCUGUGACAAACCCCAGAUCCAUCCUCAGGAAAUAAUCGAAUUCCCUAUUCUGAAGUUAAAUGGCAGAACAAUGGAGAUAGAAUCUACUUUUCAUACAUAUGUUCAACCUGUUGUGCACCCGCAGCUCACUCCAUUUUGCACGGAGCUGACUGGAAUUAUCCAAGAUAUGGUAGAUGGACAACCAACUCUAAGUCAAGUUCUGGAGAGAGUCGACGAGUGGAUGGCCAAAGAGGGCCUUUUAGAUCCAAGUGUCAAGUCCAUCUUUGUUACUUGUGGAGACUGGGAUUUGAAACUUAUGCUGCCAGGACAGUGUGAAUAUUUAGGACUGCAAGUGGCAGAUUACUUUAAGCAGUGGAUUAAUCUGAAAAAGGCUUACAGCUUCGCUAUCGGAACUUGGCCUAAGAAUGGCCUCCUAGACAUGAACAAGGGUAUGAGUCUUCAGCACAUAGGGAGGCCCCACAGUGGAAUAGAUGACUGCAGGAACAUUGCUAACAUCAUGAAGACACUCGCUCAUCGAGGCUUCAUCUUCAAGCAGACCUCCAGGCGCAUCUGAUAUAGUUAUGGGGUGGGAGUGGGGCAGGAGGCUGCAUGUAGCGCUUCCCUUACUGUGUGCUGACAUGGGGGACAUACCGGAUACAGGACUCAAGGUGGAGGGGAACAGCAGCUUGUUACGGACUGAGCGUUGGUAUAUGCAAAGAGCCAAUGCUGUAAAUCUGUUACAUACCUGUAUAUAUAUAUAUAUGUCUCAUGCAACUCCACCUAUCUCUCUGUAUAUCUGUUAAACAAUAUGCCAUUGCAAUUCCAACCCAUCCCACAUGCAUUUUUAACUUCAUUGACCCACUCUGGGGAUGUUAAGAAGGGCCUGGUGAAGAAACAGCCUAUCAAACAAAGAUAAUGCAUGGCUUCAGAUUUUCAGAACAGGUUCUUCUUGUCUAGGUUUUAAAACAAGGGUGUGUGAUGGAGAUCCUGGUAGAAACUUCCAUUUUAAAAUAUAGAACCUUCCUAAAAACAGUAUUUUAACGGUGAAAUGAAUCACUAAGAAAACCUAAAGACAAGUAGUUAAAAUGUUCUUCUAUAACUGUGUAGGGGCAAACUCCCCUUGCAUUCAUAUAGGUUUAUAGGAAAGUUGUGGGGUUUUGCCCUACACACACAUUCUGUGUAACAUAACAAAAAGAAUGAUAUGCUUCUUAAAGUUACAGUAUCAAUAUAUCUUGUAAGGUCAAUGCAAAGGUAUAAUUUCUAUGUCGCUUGUGGUGGCAUUGGGCUCAUUGCGGUGCUUUUUAUUUGUUUGUUAGAUUUUUUGCUUUAGGUACUGUAGUUAGGUUGCUGUCAUUCUACAUGGCAUGCUUUAUAGUUUGGUAGUGGUCUUUGGGUUUUUUGCUGGAAGGCACCCCCUUACAGUAUAUACUUUUGGAAUCCUGUAACAUAUAUCUGGCAAAGCUGUAUUCAAUAGAGCUGUCUGCCUGAACAUAGGUUAGUAACUAUAGGUAAGAUAAUAAAUGAACUCUCCGUUAUUUCAUAAAAUGGUGUUCCUGUACUGAAAAGGCAGUAUUUGCUACAUCUUAAUCCCAACAGUAUAAUACAUUGUAUGUUUCUUUCUUUUAUAUGAUCCUGGUUAACACAUGCAAAUUAGCCUUUUAUUUGCUAGAUGCAGUUUUAACCCAUCUGUUUCCCAGCCAGCCUCUGUAUUUGAAAAAGUAAAAGGUUGGAUGAGAAAUUAUAUUUUUAUUGUGUUAAAAAGUUGAUUUAAAAAAAACAUUACUUUUUAAUUACAAUUCAAACAAAUGCAACUGUUACCUCAAUUUUAGCCUAAACCCUUCUAUUAAUAGUCUGUGACAUAACUGCCUAUGCCAACAUCAUGGGCAUGAAACUUAUAUCUCCUGAAAUGCCUGUGUUUUCUAACACUUGUAACAGACUGACAGCUGGAAAGCCAAAUCUAUAGCAUCUUUCCAUAUUUAUCACUUUUAAAGGGUUGAAUUAUAGAAUAAUAAUAAAAUCUGAAGUAUGCCUAGGUGCAGUAUUAGUAGAACGUAGUUGUAGGAACAGAAGUGAUAUCGCACUUACAGGACUUAUGUGCAAAA